AUCGAUAGUGGAAUAAAACAUCGAUAAUUUAGAAAAUUCGAAAAACAUCAAUGCAUCGAUUUUUUCAUCGAUGUUUUUGCACCUCUAUUUAUUACCAAAACUUAGAUUGCGAUGCAUUUACCCACUGGACUGUAGCAAUAAUAUUUGUAUAAAAAAAUAGAACCGAAACAUCCCAACCGGAUACCCACAUGGAUAUGGAUACCAAGUCCAACGAUGACUCGGCUGGUAGUGAUUCGCUGGACAAAUCCAUGCAAAUCAAGUGUGUAAUGGUCGAAACCACUGGCUCCGUCAGUGGCGAAGCAGGACCCUCCUCCAGCUCCUCCGAGGAGCUGGACAACUGCAGUAGAGACUCAGCGGCGGAGUCCGCGGAGGAGGUAAAGCUGGGCACGGGACUGGGUCCAGGGAAGCAGGCGGAUCAAAAGACUGAAGCUGGGGCAGGGGACAGUCUUAACAGAGAAACCCCGCCCUGCAACUCGUCCACAACCUCCACAUCCUGCACUGCCUUCGAGACGAAAGUCAAGCUCAUCUCACAGAACCUCAAGGAAACCACUCUCGCUGAGACCUCGGCAUCCGCAUCAGCUUCCUGUUCAGCAUCAGCGUCAGCGUCAGCCUCGAGCAGUAGCAGCCUGCUGGAGCCACAAAGCCACAACAACUCUUCCACCUCCACAGAAGACUCAGCGUCGCGCGUAAAAAAAGUGCGAUUCCAUCCGGAUGCCAAGGAGAACGAUGGUGGAAACUGGGUAAAGACAAAGCGACGUGCCGCGCAAACAAAGCGAGCAUCUUCACCCAGCGGCAUGGAUCUCGACGGCGAGGCGGACCAACAGACAGAGGAAUACGAUGAGGACGAAGUAGAGGAGGAGAAGUUUGAUCUGGCCAAAACGGUUGCCGAGGCGGAGGACUACCUCAAGGAGCACCCGCUGACGUUUGUGAAUCGCGCGCUUUGUGAAUCGCUGCCGAACGGAACACAACCAUGCGAUGGUCUCAUGACCGUUGAUCAGCUCAGCUUAGACAGAGAUGGUACAGAAUUAAGGUACUAUAUGGAGGAACCGCAGAACAACGACGAGGAUUUUUACAAGCGUAUCAAGCCGGAGAACGGAAUCGAGCGUGUGCUGGGAAAGGAGACCAAGGCGGGAAAGGUACAAUUUCUGUUGCGAUACGAGAACCAAGGUGGCCUUUUCUGGGAAUCUGAAGAUUUCAUUAAACGCAUGUGUCCCACGCUGCUCAAGGCGUACGAAAAAAAUCGCGAGCGACGACAGCAGCUUCUGAUGCAUCAUGUUGCCAAGCGGCAGAGUGUGAGACAGCGGUACACGGAUUUCUAGUAGCAAGCCGCUUAGGCCUUAGGUUCUUAAUUAGGUUCCAAUAAUUAUAACAUUUUUGUAAAAUGAAGUAAAUGAUUUCUUUUGUUGAACAAAAAGAA